CAUGCCGAAACUCGCGGAACGCCGUAAAAUGAAAAAACAGCAAUACUUCACCACUCCUCCACAAGUCUAUAAUAUUUACUGCACCGAAUCACUUCCUGUACAGCAGAUUCCCAUCCUAGUUGAAAACUUGUCGAAAUCCAUCCCGCAACUCAGCUUGCCAGUUUAUUCACCGUCGAAAUUAUCACGAACCCCUCGUAGCAGCGCGGGACUUUUUAGGAGAAAUCGUAACCCGGAAAAGAGAUUAGAUGACACUUACUUGCCGUAUUUCCCGGAAGAGUAUCACCGCAAACAGAUUGCAAAGCAAGUCAAGCUAGCCCAAAGUCUGGAAUAUAAGUUGUGUAACUCAUAGAUGAUUUUGAAUUAUUACACUCUUUCAGUUUUAACGCCAAUCUAUUCAAAAUCCAGUCAUCUGAAUCGCAGAACCAGAACAACAACAAUCAAAUCGAAAGUAACCAACGUGAAAUUCCUGGCUCCGAGUAUCGACAGAAUUUUUUAACACCCCACGAUUGUACGGACGCUGAUUUUCGAAGCAACUGUGAUGGAAAGCCAAUCCAUUUGAUCGACCAUGUUCAAGACGAAGGUCAAUUCCAGGGCUUUCAGAAUGAUCUGAAAAAUGCGAAUAUGGAUCCCAACUCUCCGUUAGAAAGUCGGAUUUCCGUUAAUUUGACUGCAGAUCCAUUAAAAAUAAACAAGAAGAAGAAAAAAAAGAAGAGACUCUCAUUUUUAGUUGACAUUGUGAGGAGGAUAAGACGUGAUAGCUCUCUACAACCUACCUCCAGUGCGUAUCCAACAUCACGCAUCUCUGCUAGUGCAAAUGUCGAACCUGAAGAAUCCACCAAUUCGAAGGAAUAUUCGGAAAAAUCAGCUGCCACUCCAAAAGACUCUGCAAGAGAUGAACAAGCGUCAGACAGUAGAACGGUUUAUAGUGCUCAGGAAAUAUUAAGUCCCAGGCAGCUAAUUUCAUCGACAACAAAUAUAUGUUCUAUUAGGAAAGAAGAACAGUGCACAAAUGAAACAGAAUCCAAGGAUAAAAUAACCGAUUGUACAAUUAAGGAGAAAACUUCAUUGCCAGUCACCGAAAAUUCUAAAAGUACACCGAGCUUUGAAGAAGUUUUGGCCAAGCUUGAAGAGACUUUGCUAAGGUAUCGAUUUGAGACGGACGUUGAUUGCAAGCUCUUCACAAGUAUGAUAGUAAAACAAUUGAAACAACGCAGCGCAGUGUUGAAUUUUGACGGUCAAGUUAUAGCUGAGAUGGCGGAAAGAGAAGAAGAGAAAGAGAAUUCCAAGACUGUCAGAGAAUCAAGUGAGGGGGAAUUACCUUCUGUCAAUCCGAGAACGAGGGAAAAAGUUCCCCACCUUAAACUAGAUCAACAUUACAAUAGCCACACCGUAAAUGCAAGAUCCCACGUGGCUGAGAACAUGAAUUAUGGGUCAGUAGCUUCUUCCGAAUCAUACGUCUGCAAAAACUGCAAAUGUGUGAAACAGAAAGAAGAUUCGUCCUUAAGGAACGAAGAAUUUGUCCGAAAUAUAAUGAAAGACAAUGCCAUCGAUGGUUGCAAUCGCAAAACGUUCUACGAUCGUGAAUUCUUGGACCGCAGCUGCCAUUUUGGGUCCGAAGCAAAUGCAUACAACAUUUCAAAUGAGCGCGGAGAAGACGAGAAGCGGCGAUAUCAGCGGAGAUCGAAGGCUCAAAACAUAGACUGUCAGCGAAGUUGGAAUCAGGAAUGCUUCAGCAAUGCUUGUAUGAUCGUCGAAUAA